UGUACAUCACAUUGAUAAACGUUUGUACUUGCCAUUCUCAAAGAUAGCGAUUGAAUGCAUAUACUGUAUUACAAUUGAUUAUCACCAUAUUUGAUCAAUAUAAAAUUAUCAUCGUUUUGAACCAUGUUUUGUAAAAGAUGCAAUCAAUUUCAAUCGAUUUAUUUACAACAACUUAAUAUAAAAUUGAUUGAUAACAUUAAAAAUGUUCAACGAAUAAAUUGUAAGAUUUGCAAAACCUUUAUUGGAGUUACUGAAAAACAUAUAAUCAUUAAUAUUGAUACUACUGUUAAUACUUAUAAUGAAAAUGGAUGGAAAAAAGCUAACAGCGAUCGAGACAAAAUUGUUUACUAUAUUCUAAGUCAAAUCAUUUAUCCUGAAAUGGAUCAUCCAGUCAAGGAUAAAUUCGAAUCAAUUUACGAUUGUGCUGAUGAAACAGAUGAUAUUUAUUUAAGGUGGAAACAAGGAAUACCUGUUGGAUUUUAUACGGUCAAACGAAAAGGAACUAAAAUAUUCAAUACUCCUUAUGCAUACUCAAUGAAUACAUUAGAUACAGCCUACAUUAGAUCAAAAUUUAGAAAUAAAGGAUUAGGAUUAGAAAUUUUAUAUAAUGUAAUUGAAAACUAUCCAAAUGAUGAUAUUGGAUUUUCAAAGCCCAUAUCAGAAGGGAUGUUACGAUUGUUGCAUAAAUUUUUAUCUAAACAUAAAGAAUUUCGAUUAUCUUUUUGGGAAAUUGAAAAUGGAGGCAUUGAAGGAUCGGCUAAAUUGAUUUGGUUUAAUUUGAAAAAGUCAGGGAAAAAUUAGUAGUGAGUAUUUAUUAAAGAAAAUAGUUCAUUUUGUGAAAUGGAUUUUUCGUUCAUUACCGAAGUAUCGAAGAAGUAUAAAUAUACAUUUAUCCAACUGUAAAAUUUUUCUGGAAUGAAAUGGAAUCGACGUGGCAUAACUCAUUCUAGAAAUUCAAUAUUACAAAUAUUAACAUUUGUUUUUACUUUAAUUAUUUAACCAUAAACUUUAUAACUUUUAAAUUCCUUAUCAAUAUUUUUACUGCAAAUACCCUUUAAUUUCAUUGAGUAACAUUGAUCCUAUAACCAUUUUUUCACAAUUUACACUUAUUUCAAUUUGUUGAUUAUCCAACAAUUUUACUGUAAUCAGUGCAAGAGAUUUAGAAGUCAGUGUAUGAGCUGCAAAUCUAAAAUAACAAUAGUGAUAAUAAGGUAUUUAUAUCAUA